AAGCUUUCUUAUAUAUCUAAAAACAUUUUUGACGAAUUUAAUUUAAAAAAUUGAAUACACAUGUUGUUGAUAUUGUCAAAAUGAAGGGAUGAACGAAUUUAUGUUUUUAAAAAACUCCAUGUAAUAUUACAUCAGUCCUCGCCGCGUCAUAGGAAUCAGCGCUAUUAAUAGUGUGCGUUACAAACAGUUCCGCUUAUAUUGCAUAAUGGCAGAAUACGUUUGUUUGCGGAAAUCCUUAUCUUUCUGGAACAUUCGGUAUUAAUAAUCUUUCCUUGUAUUUUUGCGAUUAAGAAGUUUAUCCGCAAAAUAAGGGGAUAAAUAUAUAUUUUAUCGCGUUAUAAUUAUUUGACGGUGCAGUAACAAGGUGGACGCCCACGAGUGAAAUAAUCUCACCGAUUGAACGUUCCAACAAUGGCUUUUGGAUGUAAACAUUCUUGCACGUUUUAUCCAAAGAAAAUGAUGAAACUGGAACAAGUUGGACAGGAUUUGAAGAAGAUGUAUGAUUUCUCAACUUCGGAAGCGACAAUGCCGCUUAAAAAUGACGAUGUGGAUUAUACGGAUUAUCGCUUCGAAAGCGCAAGACUGGAUUCUUUCGUCAACUGGCCCCUAACGUUCAUCGAUCCUAAGAAACUCGCGGCUGCUGGUUUCUUCUAUACUAAAAGAGACGACGAGGUGAGAUGCUUCAUGUGUCUUAUCAUCUUAUCACAAUGGUCGGAAGGCGAUGACCCUAUGGUAGAGCACCAGCGUUGGUCCGGGAAAUGUUUAUUCGUCCGCAAUGCCCCUUGCGGAAAUGUGCCGAUCGGUGCCGAUCCUACCAUGAGUCCCAAACCCAAACGGUUGGAUACUUGUGGAAUUUACGGCGUUAAGUAUAUGCCGUGUUCCGGCCCGGACAAUGACCUGAAGACGGAGGAAGCCGUAAAUCCUGGGUUAGUCCAUCCGGAGAUAAGUAACGACGUCGAAAUUACAGUCUUCUGGGACUCUCAUACGAAUGCCAAUUUUACGGCCAAGCUUGUCGACGUAUUAGGUUCGAAGGAGCCCACAUACGCCUCCUACGAAAGGAGAUUACGCUCUUUCGCAAUGUGGCCUGAAAGGAUGUGUCAAAGCAAAGAAGACAUGGCAGCAGCCGGUUUUUUCUAUCAUAGCGGCCUUUUUUCGUCUUCCGAUCAAACGAUGUGUUUCUAUUGCGGGGGAUGCUUGAAGGCUUGGCAACCGACAGACGAGCCUAUAAAAGAACACGUUAAGUGGUUUCCCGAGUGUAGAUUUAUUCAAAGGCUAAUAGAGAAACAGAAAUUGGAGGAAAAAGGCGAUCUGUGCACAUCAUCUACAAAACGGGUGGACAACGAGAUUUGCAUCACAAAUAAGACUAUUACGACCAGUGUUUGUUAAUAUCUGGAACGAUAAAUGAACUUCUUUUAUUCUUUUUUAAGCUCGACUGAAGUCCAACAAUAAGACAGUAUUACAAUAGUAGAAAAUGGCACAUAUCUACCCUGUAUUCUGUAUGUCCUGGCAGUAACUUUACACAUGCGAAACAUCACUAGUCCACGUGUUAGACAAUAUAUAUAUACGAAAGUCAUUCUAUUUUAUUAAUCAUUUUUCACUGUAAAAAAAAAGAUAUAUUUAGAUACGUUGAAUCAUCUGAUAUUUUACAUAAGGACGAUUCAUAACAAUUUAAUUUAGUAAACAAUGCUUAAUGGCAUGACUCAUUAGCGUUUUAAUAUAUAUGUAUGUAUAUUUCAAUGUGAUAUUGGCAUAUUGGAAUGUACAUUGUAAUAUGGACAAAACUUUUAUAAUAAAAAGUGAGUAUUUUAAUGUAAUAAAUAUUUACAUUUAUUUAAGUUUUAGAUCAUCAUAAGACGCAAACGAUAAAUUUUAUCAAUUGAGAAUAUCAGAAUAUCAUCAGUAUUAACAUAUUUGUAAAUUUAAUGCAAAUGUGUAUAGUAUCUAUUAUAUUUCGAUUUUUUAUUCACUAUUACUUUUUGUUUAUUAACUCUUUUGCUACGAGUGUCCUCUCCACUGAGAUGCUUCCACUGAACGAGAUGCCAUGCUGAAAGUGUAUAUUGCGCGCGAAUCAUCAGCAGUCAGAUUUACGUCUUAACUACUUCUGCAAAAGUUGCUUUGACGAUACUUUUUGGAAGAAAAAGAACUUUUCUUAAAAAAGGAUGUUUAUAAUUUCUUAAUAAAUUUAUUUUUAUGGAAAGCGACAGUAGUCGUAACGAAAGAAUUAUGUUGACGGAUUGUAUUAGAUUCGUUUGUAUUUAUGAUACAUAGAUAAUUUAUAAUUAUCAUGUGUUAUUUUUAAAAUGCGACUUAUUUAUUUUUUUCUCGAGAAAAAUCAAUAUAGAAAUAAGUUCAAAAUUAAAAUCAAGAUAAGAAAAUUCCGAGAUAUAAAUAAAUAAAUAUAGAAACAAGAUAAGAGAAACAUUUUUAUCCCCGAUGUCAUUUACUAAGAAUUUCAAUGAAUUUGUAAAAUAUACAUACGCUUAUUCUUUUUAGAAAAUCAUCCAAAGCACGCAUUUAUUAAAAUUGUAUAAAAAAUAGCAAUUAUAAAUUGUAUAUAUGUAACAAUUGCGCUAGAAACAACAGUUAUACGUAUCUAUUGUAUAUAAAUAAGAUUUCUGUGUGCAUGAAUGAUAACCAUUGUAAGCUUUACGAUAAACAAGAUAAUUGUUUUAUGGAUUAUCAAUUAUUAAAUUGAGAUAUUUGAUAAAUAUAUCGGAGAUCUUUCAGUAUA